AGGAGCCGCCGUAUGCACAAAGAGCACCGAUGUGUUAGACCUUCAAGCCACACGCACACACGCUCAUUGUAUCGACAGAAAAUGCACAAAUUCAAGGAUACCAUGCGCGCACGCACCGGCGUGCUCACAAACUCCCCGGUCCCGGUGAACAGCAUCGAGGACCCGAACUUCGCGGACGGACGCGGGCCUACGGCCAUCGCUGUCACAGAAGCUGGCGGUGGCGAACAGUCCGACUCCUCCGAGGCGCGGACGAAGCGGCAAGUUGGGGGCCACGAUCCCAGGAAGACGCUCACUUGGCUCGAGAUCCCCGAGUGGCAGAGGGACAACGAAUAUAUCUUGACCGGGUAUAGAAGAGCUACCGGAAGUUGGCGUGCGUGUGCAGCGUCAGUGUUCGGAUACCUGCAUAACGAGACAGUGAACAUUCACAGCCAUCUCGGCGGCGCCGUGUUAUUCGCGGUGUUCCUUUUCACGUUCCCAUCCGUAUUCUUGGUGCACUACGAAUCGACCAGUUGGGCGGACAGAGCUGUUUUCGUGAUAUUCUUGAGCGCCGCCGUCUUCUGCCUCUUUUCGAGCGCGUUCUAUCACACCUUCAGCGCGCACUCUCAAGGCGUCGCUGCGCGCUGCAAUGCCCUGGACUACGCCGGUAUCGUUGUGCUCACCGUCGGGUCGUUCUUUCCCUCUAUCUACUACAGCUUCUACUGCGAACCGCACUUGCAGACCUUCUACCUCACUUGCAUAUGUGCCGUGGGUCUCGGAGCUGCGUACAUUGUGCUCAACCCGGAAUAUCGCCAGCCGACACACCGCGGGGCCAGGACGAAGGUUUUCAUCUUUCUCGGCCUGUCCGGCGUGGUACCUACCCUCCACGGGCUCGUCACUCACGGCUUCUAUACGCUGUGCUAUGAGAUGGGUGCCGCCUGGCUCCUCCUUUCCGCGGCGUGCUACAUCGGCGGCGCUCUCCUAUACGCGAACCGCAUCCCGGAACGUUUCUCGCCCGGGACAUUCGACUACUUCCUCUCGUCGCACCAGAUCUUCCACUUCUUCGUGCUCGCGGCCGCGCUCGCGCACUACGCCUCUAUCCUGACGGCGUACGACCACUGGCACCGACGGCUAGGGGGCUGUCCUGCGCACGUGCAGUACUAGGCCGUCACCGUGAAGACGGAGCAGGGUCGCCUCUCGGCCCGCAGGAGGAGGCCGGGCGCGUUUUGGACAUCUUUGUCGGUGUGGCGUGAGUGGCACGUACCCAAGACUGCGUCCUUGUGGUACCAGUCCCAUGCUUCUGGAAUACCGCGUCAUACAUGGACACGACCCAUGACUGCAGGUGACCCCUCUGUGGUUGGCGUUUGCCUAGCACUGGACAUCUGGACGGCGCGCAGCUCGCCGUCUCAAUGAUCUCACAGUCGUCCCCGAGACCACCCGAGCGCGGUGUCGCGCUUGCGGUCGCUUGUCAGGAGCUCCGAGUCGGCAUGACGGAAGUUUGUGAGAGCUCGUGAGGAAUCCCCGAUGCCUGGCAGUUCAUGCCUGUGGCGCAGGUUGAGCGUGUGCGGCCUAAUUGGUACUGUCAUGAAACAUCCGCUCUUGUUCCACUGUCAGUGCGUGCCCACACUCGCUGC